AUGGCGGCCAAAGAAUCGGUAGCAAAGACCGUGACGGAUGUGGUGGCAGAGCCUGUGUCUGACGACGGUCGCCCUCCAAACGCAGACAAUGUCUUGAAGGAGAAUGAGUCAGAUGAUGGGAGGAAGCAGCCGCCAUUGUUUGCGAAACUUUUCGCAGUUCUCCUGAUCUCAUGUAUCAGUUUCGGGUCGCAUUGGAGUUCUAACGUGACGUCUGCGAUGAAGAGUACCAUCAAAAAGGACAUGCACAUUAAUAACGUACAAUUCUCCCUCCUCGAAGCUAGUGAGAACUUCAUGGCGACUGUUCUCCUUUUGCCCAGUGGCAUUGUAACCGAUCGGGUUGGUGGUGCUGAAAUGAUCGUGUACGGAAACAUCGUUUAUACCCUCGGAUCGAUUUUGGUCGCGGCUGCUACAACUGUUCGCUCGUUCAAUUUUAUGAUUGGAGGCAGGGUGAUACUUGCCCUGGGCGAUAUUGCGACGCAGAUUGCCCAGUACAAAAUGUUUUCUUCAUGGUUCGCGCCAAGCAAUGGGUUUGCAUCAACUCUUGGGUUUGAACUGGCUAUUGGAAAAAUCGGCGGAUUCGUUGGAACAUCUACGGCAAAUAUUAUUGCCAAGAACACUGGCAAUUUCGCUUGGGUCUUUUGGAUGGCCGUAUUCAUGAACCUCUUCACCAACGUCGCGACAGCGGUAUUCUGGUUCUUCAAUAAGUAUUGCAGCAAGCAUUACCGGGGUCGACGUGAUACUGCGACCGACGAACAGCUGACGGAGAGGAACAAAAAGUUCGAGUUUCAGAAGAUGUUCGAGUUGCCGUGGAUGUUUUGGGCUGUUUUGGCUUUCUCUCUAUUCCAGACCAGCACGGCCUCGACAUUCAGCCAAAAUGCCACGGAGCUAGCCGAACAGCGGUUCGCGGUCGAUGCCAUCAAGGCUGGAUGGUAUAGCUCUUUGUCUCAAUAUGCCGGUUUCUUUUUGGUGCCCUGCCUAGGAGUUUUCCUCGACGUACUGGGACACCGGGCGUCCGUUUUGUUCACCUGUGGCUUGGGCAUGUGCUUGAGUAUGAUCCUUCUCAACUUUGCGACCUCCACCCCAGGCACCGGGGCAUCAUUCGGCAUCUAUGCCAUUGCCAUGUCUUUGGGUCCGACUUCUAUCAUUGACGGUAUCCGCACAACCCUCUGGCAUCAGUCCGUAUUUGGCUCCGCAUAUGCACUUAAAGUGACCAUGAACAAUGCCAUGAGUAUCAUCAUCCGAAUCAUCAUCGGAGCCUUGCAAGACGCGGACGACAACUCCUACCGACGAGUUGUACAGGUGUAUUUGUUCUUCGCGUGCGCCUCUCUGGUAGUGGGUGCUGCGCUGCUGAUCGGCUCGUUCCUGAACGACUACCUCGCGCCAUUGCAAUGGACUCGAAAGAAGCGACUGACGUCGGGGGCAGACAUCAUCGGGGCCAACCGAGAGCGCAGUCUAGUGACGAAUGCCCAGCGGACGCGGAACAUCUCAAUUGUCUGCUUUGGCGCACUGCUGGUUCUGACAGUUGGGGGAUGGGUGGCAUAUGUCUGGGGUGCGGUGACGGGUCACAACACGUAA